CGCGGAAAUCUCGCGAUACUAUACAUCCAGGAAGCAGUUCCCGCGUGUGUUUGGUAACAUGUUAGGAAAUGCAUUGAAUGCCCUUUAAUGCAAUGACAGAUCUGCUUCCAUGGCGGGACUUCUGAAGAAGCAGUUUAAAGAAGCAGUGAAGGUCAUCGGCUCUGGUAGCCUUUUGUUUGCCUCCUACCUCACUGCGGUCGGAGAUGAGCGCUUCUACGCUACCCAGCUGAUGCCCCUGCUGCAGAGGAUUGUGGGAGCAGAGACGGCACAUGUGUUGGCGGUGAAGAUUAUUGGUCUAGGUCUGGUUCCUCUGAACCGCUACCAGGACCCUGCAUCAUUGGAAGUGAACGUCCUGGGCCUGAAGUUCAAAAACCCCAUAGGGAUUGCAGCAGGUUUUGAUAAGCAUGGAGAAGCCGUCGACGGGUUGUAUAAAGUCGGUUUCGGUUUUGUCGAAGUGGGCACAAUCACUCCCAAACCUCAGGAGGGAAACCCCAAACCACGUGUGUUCAGACUCACCACAGAUCAUGCCAUAAUAAACCGGUAUGGAUUCAACAGCUGUGGUUUGGCAGACGCAGAGCAGAGGCUGACGGCUCGGGCAGACUCUCAGAAACAGCACAGUCAAGCCGGCCUUCCCCUGGGCAUCAACUUGGGGAAGAACAAGCUGUCCCAGGAUGCAGGGGCAGAUUACUUGGAGGGAGUGAGAGUGCUGGGCCCGCUGGCUGACUACCUGGUGGUUAACGUCAGCAGUCCCAAUACGCCCGGUCUCAGGGAUCUACAGGGGAAGGCUGAGCUCCACAGGCUCCUACACACGGUGUUGAAGGAGCGUGAUGCCCUGCAGGGAGGAUACAAACCUCCAGUGUUGGUGAAGAUUGCUCCUGACCUCACAGCGCAGGACAAACAGGACAUUGCUGAUGUUGUCACUGAGCUGGGAGUGGAUGGUUUGAUGGUGACAAACACCACAGUGUCCAGACCUGAGACGCUUCAGGAUCCAAACAAGUCCGAGGUCGGUGGGCUCAGCGGUCAGCCGCUCAAAGACCUCUCCACCAGCACCGUGAGAGAGAUGUACAAUCUAACACACGGUAAAGUCACAAUAAUUGGAAUUGGAGGCGUGGCCAGUGGGCAGGACGCUUUGGAUAAGAUCCGUGCAGGAGCCUCAUUGGUUCAGCUUUACACAGCUUUGACGUAUCAGGGUCCACCUGUGGUGACGAAGAUCAAGCGGGAACUAGAGCAACUUCUAAAGGAACAAGGCUUCAGCAGCGUCUCAGAGGCAGUGGGAGCAGAUCACAGACAAGAUCACGUGUCCACUCAUAAACCCAUCCCACUGAACGAGAUGGUAAAUGUUAACACAGACUCUGCACCUGUCGCUGCCUUCUCCACAAACUAAGCCACGUGAUCCACCACUUUCACUGAACUCUGAUAAAAGCUCCAUAUUUAUGAUGGUCCAUCCACCGUCCAUUGAUUUCACGGAUAAGCAGACGUGCAAUCGUUUUUAUUUAACGGGGCUGGUUGUUGUUAAAACCUUAUUUUCAGUAUUUGCUGCGAGGAGUGCAAAACGCUCAACGCACAUAAUCGUCUUCUGUCCUAAACUUGAAUUUAAAGGAUGAGGAGGCUGAGGUAUGUUUUUAACUCUAAGAUGUAAAUCCUUUGUUACAGUGUAACAGCAGGUUGUGAAUAUCCACUGACACCAAAGUGCUUCAACUCUUCAAACACUAGCUGAAUAAACAUUUUUUAAAACCAUUUUCUGCCGAUCAACAAGAACGAUCUGUACUGAUGUCAUUUAGAUAAUAAUACAAAACUUUAAAAUUAUUUAAUACGGGUGUUGAAGUAUGCUAGCAACCUUUAUAUUGUUUUUUGCUAAUCUUGAAGUACAUGUUAUUAUUACUCAUAAAUGACUGGAGUACAGACAAGAACAGCAAACAGAAUACCACGUGGACAACAUUUGGGUUAAAGAUCAACAUUUACUUACUGUGUCCAACGAGAGAGGACCGUUUAUGGCAACAGCUUGCAAGCUCUUUAUUCUAAGGCACAGUAUGUCAGACUUAAAUAGAUCCUUCAUUGGAAAGUCUGAACACAAAGAGUGAGGCCUUGGACCAGGUAGUUAUGAUGCCAUGUUUCCGAAAUCAAAGUUAUUUUGUUGUUUGUUACCUUUUCUAAGGCAGUAGCGCCGAUAUCGAAACACGCCUGGUAUAUGCAGUGACAUAGGCCUAUGUUGCUGCAUAUGCCGGGGCUGGUGGCCUGCCAAUCAUCUAGGUGUCGAGACUGUCACACCAGUACUACCCACGCUCCAUCCACAUUAUGAGUACUAAAAUAGACACCAGAGGUUUUACUUUACAACACAUACUGCCUAAGUGAUAUAUACACUACCAGUCAAAAGUUUGGACACACCUUCUCAUUCAAUGGUUUUCAUUUAUUAUAAUUAUUUUCAUCAUUGUGGAUUAAUACUAAAGACAUCAAAACUAUGAAUUAAUCUGGUUUUGCCAUAAUAUGGAUUACAACAGUAGUCAAAUAGAGCUAUCCAUUGUGUACUAACCCUACCUCUGAACAACACAACUGAUGGUCUCAAACACAUUAAGAAGGAAAGUCAUUCUAUAAAUGAACUCUUUACAAGGCUCAUGUUAAUUAGAAACCAUUCCAGGAGACCACUUCAUGAAGCAGACUGAGAGAAUACCAAGAGUGUGCAAAGCUGUCAUGAAGGAAAAAGGGGGCUACUUUACAGAAUCUAAAAUAUAAAACAUAUUCUGGUUUGUUUAACACUUUUUUGUUCAUUAAAUAAUUCCAUAUAUGUUCUUUCAUAGUUUUGAUGUAUUCAGUAUUAAUCUACUAUGUUGAAAAUAAUUGAAAUAAAUACAAACCCUUGAAUGAGAAGGUGUUUCCAAACUUUUGACUGGUGGUAUAUAUAAAUAUCUUUAUUGACAGUUAGUGCAACACAGUGAUGUAAAUAAACUGUUGUCAUUUGGUUUGAGUUCCACGUGUUUUAUAAUCUGUUUAUCCAGCACCCCUCUGAUGACACAAAAAAUGAUCACAGAGUGGUUUCUUUGCUGAUGUUAUCUUUGAGCUCAUAGCACAAUCCCACAUAAGUGUCACAGAAACUUUUAACUACUUGGAGUGGGCAGUCCAUCGCUACUAAAGUUGCAUUUUUACUGGCAUGUUAUGACUCACAAAUACUUAGAAAUAUUCUAAUAAAAUAAACAUCACUUCCAUACAAUACAGGUUCAUAAUAAGUUCUUUCUUUGAGCUGUGCAAUAGUGGAUGAUAGUGUCGUCCAAUUAGUUGAAACAUCCGUGAUCAAGAGGUUGUUGGUUUCGAGACUUGUAUUGACGUUGAGUGUUUUUUCUGUUGCACUGUGUCACAGUCUUUUAAGAAUAACGUGAAGUAUACAUGAAGCGAGGUGAUCGCUGUGAAUGUUUCAGGAAUCUUGAAGCAGAAUGAGGUUCAUGGUGAAACGUGUUACAGUGGCAGCUGCUGUUCUCUAUACCAGCGUGUUGCUCGGUAGCUAGUUUCAUGCCCCCGGGCGUGUAUCCAUCCUGCUGUCACUCUCCCAAAGACCAUAGAGGUUUGACCCUCAGGUGUCCAAAUGAAAUGCUGGGCUUGAGAUAACAGAAACAUGAGAGACCUAUGUGCCAUUUAAUAUUGCAUAGUUCUGAUACUAUUAUGAUUAUAAUGACGGUACAUCAUUUUUUAAUAAUUUCUAUUGGGAUAUUUACAAUGUUUUUCAUCUACCUCAGGCUGCCAAUGUUGAAAGCUGCUUCACGUGUCCUCAGUUCUCUGUAAUAAAACUUAUUUCAAUUAGAGAUGUGAAAUCAAUCAUGUGGGAGGAAAAACCAUCAAGAAUGAAGAGAGGGAUCAGCUGUGUUAUUCAUGGAGUUCAGAGGAUGACUUGACAGACGUGAAGUCUUGUCAGAUGAGAAUAAAAUACUUGAAUCAUA